AUGUCUACUCUCAUUAGAAGUAAGAGACAACUUGAAGAAAGUUUAGAUUCAACUAAUUAUGUUGGAAUAAUUUUUAUUGAUGAAGAAAAUUAUCCUAAUUCCAAAAAACAAAAUGAAAAACAUGAAAAAAAAGUUAUUGAAAAUGGUCGUGGUUGUGAUUGUUAUAAAAUAUAUAUUCAAAAACCUGGUGAUAUUGAUGUACGUGGUUUUAUAACUCAUCAUAGAGAUGGUGAAAAAGUUGAUAAUGUUUUUUAUGCUGGUUUUCUUGAUGGUGAAUUAAUUCAUUAUGUUAAUACUGAAGAUGAAGAAGGAUUUGACAAUCUGUAA